AUGUUCCUGUACGUCCUCGGUCCAGUGGCUCUCUGGUUUCUCUACCGCUGGUACAAGGAGAGCAAACGAGUGUCCAACAAGGGAGAUAAAUACGUCUACAUCACCGGCUGUGACUCUGGGUUUGGUAAUCUCCUGGCGAGGCACAUGGACCAGCUGGGCUUCUGUGUGAUCGCAGCUUGUUACACAGAGAAAGGUGAAGACGAGUUGAAGAAGAACUGCUCUGACAGACUGGCGACGGUUCACCUGGACGUCACCGACUCUGAAAGUGUCGGCAAAGCAGCAGCACUCAUCAAGACUCUGGUUGGAGAGAAGGGCCUUUGGGCGGUUGUGAACAACGCCGGAGUCUCGGUGCCGUCCGGUCCAACCGACUGGCUCACUAUAGACGAUUACAAGGCCAUGCUGUCUGUCAACUUGUGCGGCGUCAUCGACGUGACAUUGAGCGUCCUCCCUCUCAUCAAGAAGUCCAGAGGCAGAGUGGUGAACGUCGCCAGCGUGUUUGGGCGAAUCAGCCCGUUUGGGGGACCUUACUGCGUGUCCAAGUUCGGCGUGGAGUCCUUCAACGACAGCCUGCGAUUAAACAUGGGUCCAUUUGGAAUAAAGGUGGCGUGCAUUGAGCCAGGCUUCUUCAAGACCAAUGUGACUGAUACAGGGAUUAUGAAAAGUUCCCUGAAAAAGCUCUGGGACAGACUGCCUCAGGAUGUGAAGGACGAGUAUGGACACGGUUUCUUGGGGGCAUCUCUGGACAUGUUGGACGCGAGGUUCAAGCUGCUGACGGACGGGAACCUGAUGAAAGUGGUCGGCUGUAUGGAGCACGCCAUCUCCGCCGUUCACCCUCGCACUCGCUACUCUCCAGGAUGGGACGCGAAGUUCUUAUGGUUGCCUCUGUCGUACAUGCCCACCUGCAUCAUGGACAGAGUUCUCCGUAAAAGCAGCCCCAAAAUACCUACACUGAAGUUCAAAUAA